UGUAGGAGCUAUGUGGCUAUAUUCUGGGUUGGAAAAUCGUUUCAUAAACGAAGAAAGCUUGGCGCAAAACGUUACCUGUGACGCCUGGGUAGAAGAGGAUCUAUAUUUGAUUUCCCGCUACGAUACUGGCAACGUUUAUCACAUUCAUCAAGACUUAAUGCAAGCAUUUAUUGGUUUGGCUGCAAGUGACAUGAAUACCGAAACAACCGAAAUCGUAUUUCUUGAUUCAAACGAAGGAGGCAUACCUAGCCUGAAUAGUUUAUGGACCAGUCUAUUCUCAAGCAAACGACGUUCUCAAAACCAUAUACGGACUAUACGCGACAUCGUACAAGAAGCACAGGAAAAAUCUCAGGCUCCACUGAAUAAUAUAUGCUUCCGCUCAGCGACUUUUGGUUUCCAUGCUGGUGUCACGUUGUUCAGCCGAGAAAAAGCAGAAGCGACCAGUUGCGACGGCUCAGUCGUCUUGAAAGCCUAUAUUGAUUAUGUUUUAUCCCGACUGAACUUACCCCUCAACUUUUUGCCAUCGUCAGCGCCAGCAAAUUUUACAGCUGAUACCUUCAAACUGAUUACCCCACCAAUUACUCCAGAGCCUACUUUAUUUUAUACCGACCAAACAGAUCUCUCUAGAAAACCUUUGGUAGUUACAUUCUUGUCUCGAAACCCUACCAAAAAUGCAUGGAACGUGAACACUCUGCGGAAGAUUGGCAACGAACACUCUGUCAUUCUACAACUUCAAGCACGUUUGGAAUCGCAUUUUAGCGAGGCUUAUUUUGAUAGAGCUUUGGUCUUCCGUCGAGUCAAUCCUGCAGAUUUACCGACCAUGCAGGAACAAAUUGCUCUCGCAAGGGAAUCUGACAUAAUUAUUGGACCACAUGGAGCUUCUUUCAUAUACACAUCCUUCAUGCCUUCAUACGGCGGCGUCAUUGAGCUCCAACAUCCAACCCGACGCUUUAACUACCAAUUUAACAACAUUGCGGCGCUUUCUGGUCCAAAGUUAUAUAGACACCUUGACAUUGGUGAUUCUAUCCGUAAUGUUCGCGCUGUUGAGUCAGUGUUAUUAGAUACUGUUGAGCAUGUUCUUCGAAGAAUGGAUAAUCAAUAAGUUUUUACUCAUAAAAUGCAUUACUUUCAUUUA